CAGCCAGACAAACUGCGAGUAGUAUGGAGCAGGAGAAGCAGGAGAAACUGCACCAAGGUAAUAUGGGGAACGCUACUUCAUUCAACAAAGUUGAGUAGUGACAUAUGUAGGCCUGUUUGUCCAGCGCUUGUCAUCAUGAUAAAGUGUGAGAAGGCCCCCCUACUGUAUGUAGACUACCUGAGGAUGUGUAGCCUAUACGGUGAAAGGUCAGAUAUGCUUGUGUUUGAGGAAAUUGGACCAUGUAUACACAGAAGUGUGGUAUGUUUUGAGUUCAGCCAUAAAUCAUUCUGGCUUUAUUCAUCACAGCAAUUGCUUUAUUAAUCACAUCACAUUAAAGAUGCGCUAUGCAGAAAUUGCUCAGCCAUUUCCUGGUUGCUAAAAUUCUAAUAGUUCACCUUAUUUCAGUUUAUGUGACAAAACAAGCAAGUAUAGUGUAGAGAAUCAUUGUACCAUCUAAACCGCUGUGAAAUAUAUUUUCCAUAACCAAAAAGAUUGUAUUUUCAGCUGUUUGAAGCUGGUGUACAAAACCGAAAGUAAAAGACGCAAACACAAAACUUAAAAACGGGAAGCAUAGAAAUAGUGCACAUAGAACAGAUCUACCGCUUCUUAGACUUGGUUUCAAUUAGAAUGACAGAUUUAUAACUCCUAUUUCUAUGUGAAUUUGGUCGGGUCGCCCAAAAGGUUACAUUGUGCAGCUUUAAGCUUAUUUGCUUAUAGUCACAAUGCAUUCAUUAUCUAUCACAUUCAACACACUACAGUCACAAUGCAUUCAUUAUGUAUCACAUUCAACACUCUACAGUCACAAUGCAUUCAUUAUUUAUCACAUUCAACACUCUACAGUCACAAUGCAUUCAUUAUGUAUCACAUUCAACAUUCUAUAGUCACAAUGCAUUCAUUAUUUAUCACAUUCAACACACUACAGUCACAAUGCAUUCAUUAUGUAUCACAUUCAACAUUCUAUAGUCACAAUGCAUUCAUUAUGUAUCACAUUCAACACACUACAGUCACAAUGCAUUCAUUAUGUAUCACAUUCAACACUCUACAGUCACAAUGCAUUCAUUAUUUAUCACAUUUAACACUCUACAGUCAAAAUGCAUUCAUUAUUUAUCACAUUCAACACUCUACAAGCCACACGUGCCACAAAUAUUUAGACCCCCUUGAUUUUUUCCACAUUUUGUUACGUUACAGCCUUACUCUGAAAUGGAUUAAAUAAAACAAUUUCCUCAGCAAUCUACACACAAUAACCCAUAAAGACAAAGCAAAAACUGGUUUUUGGACAUUUUUGCAAAUUUAUUAAAAACAAAAAACAGAAAUACCUUAUUUACAUAAGUAUUCAGACCCUUUGCUAUGAGACUCGAAAUUGAGCUCAGGUGCAUCCUGUUUCCAUUGAUCAUCCUUGAUAUGUUUCUACAACUUAAUUGGAGCACCUGUGGUCAAUUCAAUUGAUUGGACAUGAUUUGGAAAGGCACACACCUGUCUAUAUAAGGUUGACAGUGCAUUCCCACAGUUGACAGUGCAUGUCAGAGCAAAAACCAAGCCAUGAGGUCGAAGGAAUUGUCCGUAGAGCUCCGAGACAGGAUUGUGUCUAGGCACAGAUCUGGGGAAGGUUACAUUUCUGCAGCAUUGAAGGUCCCCAAGAACACAGUGGCCUCCAUCAUUCUUAAAUGGAAGAAGUUUAGAACCACCAAGACUCUUACUAGAGCUGGCCGCCCGCCCAAACUGAGCAUUCGGGGGAGAAGGGCCUUGGUCAGGGAGGUGACCAAGAACCCGAUGGUCAAUCUGACAGAGCUCCAGAGUUCCUCUGUGGAAAUGGGAGAACCUUCCAGAAGGACAACCAUCUCUGCAGCACUCCACCAAUUAGGCCUUUAUGGUAGAGUGGCCAGACGGAAGCCACUCCUCAGUAAAAGGCACAUGACAGUCCGCUAUGAGUUUUCCAAAACAUUUUACAUUUACAUUUUAGUCAUUUAGCAGACGCUCUUAACCAGAGCGACUUACAGGAGCAAUUAGGGUUAAGUGCCUUGCUCAAGGGCACAUUAACGUCAUUUAGCAGACGCUCUUAGCCAGAGCGACUCACAAAUUGGUGCGUUCACCCUAUAGCCAGUGGGAUAACCACUUUACAAUUUGGGCUAAAGACUUUACAAAAGGCACCUAAAGACUCUCAGGCCAUGAGAAACAAGAUUCUCUGGUCUGAUGAAACCAUGAUUGAACUCUUUGGCCUGAAUGCCAAGCGUCACGUCUGGAGGAAACCUGGCAUAAUCCUUACGGUGAAGCAUGGUGGUGGCAGCAUCAUGCUGUGGGGAUGUUUUUCAGCGGCAGGGACUUGGUGGCUUGUCAGGAUCGAGGCAAAGAUGAAUGGAGCAAAGUACAGAGAGAUCCUUGAUAAAAACCUGCUCCAGAGCUCUCAGGACCUCAGACUAGGGCGAAGGUUCACCUUCCAACAGAACAAUGACCCUAAGCACACGGCGAGGACAACGCAGGAGUGGCUUCGGGACAAGUCUCUGAAUGUCCUUGAGCCUCUGGAGAGACCUGAAUAUAGCUGUGCAGCAACGCUCCCCAUCCAACCUGACAGAGCUUGAGAGGUUCUGCAGAGAAGAAUAGGUGAAACUCCCCAAAUACAGGUGUGUCCAAGCUUGUAGCGUCAUACCCAAGAAGACUCGAGGCUGUAAUCGCUGCCAAAGGUGCUUCAACAAUGUACUGAGUAAAGGGUCUAAAUACUGAUGUAAAUGUAAUAUUUCAAUUUUUUUAUGUUUUUUUAUACAUUUAUACAUUUGCUAAAAUGUCUAAAAAACAGUUGUUGCUUUUCAUUAUGGGGUAUUGUGUGUAGCUUGAUGAGGGGAUAUAUAUAUUUUUUAAAAUCAAUUUUAUUAUAUGGCUGUAACUUAACAAAAUGUGGAAAAAGUCAAGGGGUCUGAAUACUUUCCGAAGGCACUGUACAAUUCAUAGGUAUGACUGGGUUCCCCCAGUCAGCGUAUUAUCGGAUCCUCUCCCUGACUUGAUAUUUACCCCAUUCCUCAGCUGCGUGGGUGGCAGCCUGGCAUCAAGAACCCCUACAGGGGCACGGUGGUGUGGCAUGUGCCCGAAAACCUGGACAUCACCGUCACACUCUUCAAGGUAUAGAAUCUCUCCACUGGAAAGAUGUGCGCAAAUGCUUGGGGAAAUUAUUUAGAUGAAUGUGCAUUUGGAUUGACAAAACAUGUUUCCUUAUUCUCAAAAUCGCUCUUCUUUUAGGACCCGACAGCGGAGGAAUUUGAAGACAAGAACUGGACAUUCAUCAUUGAGAAUGUGAGUAUUUUUCUCUGAUGUGGUGGCAUGAAUAGAUGUUUUUUAUCAAUUAGAAUUUUGAGUCAAAACACGUACAGUACAUUGAAUGUUUAAAGUUUGACAGAGCUGUCACGGAUGACAUAGUGCAUGCUACAAAAACAUAUCCUGGGUUUAAGACUUUUUAAUACAGUUUUAGGAAAAACAUUUCCUCUUGAUUAUACCAAAGUAUUGGAUUUAAGUAGCUUCAGUUGGAAAACCUGAGUUAACCCCUGGCCUUUGGCCCUCAGGAAACUAACAAGGGCCACAGGAAGGUGCUGGCAUCAGUGGACGUCAACAUGAAGGAGUUUGCCAGCAUCACCCCUGCACAGUAUGACCUGACGCUGAAGCUCAUGCCCCUGUCUGUGAAGGUGGUGGAGGCCACACUCAAACUGACCUUGACCUGCGUCUUCCUCAAAGAGGGCAAGGCCACGUGAGUUGCCAUUUAUAUAUUGUAUGCACGCAUGACUGUAAGUCGCUUUGGAUAAAAGCGUCUGCUAAAUGGCAUAUUAUAUUAUAUUAUUAUUAUCUAAUCAGUCAUGCUUAUCACAGGCUUACUGUAUUAUGUCAAGUAGAUAGGGCUACUAAAAGGUUUACCGUAUUAUGUCAAGUAGAUAGGGCUACUAAAAGGUUUACCGUAUUAUGUCAAGUAGAUAGGGCUACUAAAAGGUUUACCGUAUUAUGUCAAGUAGAUAGGGCUACUAAAAGGUUUACCACAUUAUGUCAAGUAGAUAGGGCUACUAAAAGGUUUACAGUGUUAUGUCAAGUAGAUAGGGCUACUAAAAGGUUUACCGUAUUAUGUCAAGUAGAUAGGGCUACUAAAAGGUUUACCGUAUUAUGUCAAGUAGAUAGGGCUACUAAAAGGUUUACCACAUUAUGUCAAGUAGAUAGAGCUACUAAAAGGUUUACCACAUUAUGUCAAGUAGAUAGGGCUACUAAAAGGUUUACCGUAUUAUGUCAAGUAGACAGAGAUUGAGAUACUAAAUGGUUUACCACAUUAUGUGAAGUAGAAAAAGUAUUGAGUCAGCUGUCUCUCAACAAAGCUUACCGUUAAAAAAAACAAAGCUUUGUAAUGGUAUAUAACCAUUUGAGUUGGUCAUUACUGACCUGUAACGUUAUAGUCAGUUAAUGAUGUUUAAUGAUUAGUCAUUAACAGUCAAUUAGACAAUAUUACUGUUUCUGGAUGAGUUAUAAUACAAUUCUUCUUCCUUUGUAACCCAACAGAGAUGAGGACAUGCAGAGUCUGGCCAGUCUGAUGAGCCUGAAGCAGAGUGACAUCGGCAACCUGGACGACUUCAACGAUAGUGACGAGGAGGAGGGCGAGUGGAGGGCCAGCAUCAGAGCCGGCAUGGGACCUGCCACUCCCGUCACAGGUAGUCAUCAGCUCUCGCAUUCCAAGAUCGAGUCAAGACGGAGAAAAAUGUGUCUGAGACCGAGACACUCAAAAUGCUCUGGUCUCGAGUACUGCACACACUGAUAAAUACAGUAGCUUUAUACAGUACUAACCUUUCAUACACACCGAAAAACACAAGCCCACAUAUCCACUCCAUCUGACAGGUAAACAAAACUGCCAUAGGAGAUGCUCACUUUGCAUAUGUUUGAAGCCUUCUGAGGUGUGACAGAUUUGAAGUGUUUAAUGUUUGAAAACAUUGCUCAAUACACCGGCAUGGCAUAUUGCUCCACUCUUCCAGCCUCACACCUAAUGUCUCAACUACGGUGGCCCAGUAGGAACUCACAAUUGCCCUCCUAUACAUUUUCCCUUUCAAAUGUAUGAACGCCAAGCAAAUCUCUUUCCACGCCAAGCUUCCCCUUCCAUAAUAUAUGAAUUUCCUUUCCUUCCUUUUCUUUAAUAUUUCCCUCUUCCUUCCCCCCCCUCCCUUCCUUCAACUCUGAAAGCACCCACGAGAAGAAUACGUGAUCAGGCAUGGAGGCCUGUGAUUGACCCAGAGCCCACAGGUAACUUCCUGUUCCCUCCCCUGCUCCCGCCUCCUCUGAAUCUUGAUUGGACCUUUUCCCUGGUCCUAUCCCCUCUCCUCCCAUCCCUCAUUUGAAAUGUUGAUAUUCAUGUGCUAUAAGCGUUUAUCUAAAUAUUGAUCAAACUAUUCACAUUAUUUGUAUGGUUUGAUUAAUCAUAUUUAUUAAACCUAAUGGAUAUUAGCCAAUGAGGUUUCAAAUGAAGUUGUAUACCUCAUUACAUUCUCUUGUUAAAUCAUUCAAUCAGAUACUCUCUACAAGGCAAAAUUAAGUAAACAAGUUAGCAGUCGUUUCAAUAACUGUUUGAAGUGAUGGAAUCUGUUACGUAUUUAUAGUUACACAAUAUGAAUACCUAAGGUAUCCUACACCCAUAAGAGCUCACCUUUUCCUUUUAAAUUCCUAUCAUGUAUCAAACGUACUAUAAUUAAACUGUGGGACUGAAUACUGGGGCCUGGUUUGUAGGGAUGGGACUAGGAUUGAGUCAUUUAUAAUGAAGAGUUACAGUGAGAGAGAAAAAUAAUUUGAGCAACUGUACAGUUUGAAUGUCUGGGAUGAAUAUCUGAGUACUAUCCCUCUCCAUUGCUUAUAUACUUUCAUUCUUCCCCUCUUCCCUUUUCUCACUUCCCCUUCGCUGCUGUUCUCAUUUUUCCUCUUCUCUUUUCUCUGAACCCUCUUCCUCAACUGCAUUUCAUCUCUUUUAAUCUCUUUGAUACCUGUAUAUCUCUACAACACUUUCUUUCUCUACUUUUUCUGACACUCUUCUGUUCUUUCCUGCAUCUGUCCUCCUUUCUAUCUUUUGCUCCAACUCUUUUCUUUCUCCCCCCCCUCAUCUCUCCCCAUCACCUCCCCCUCCCUCAUCUCCCCCAUCACCUCCCCCUCCCUCAUCCCCCCCCUCACCUCCCCCCUCCCUCAUCUCUGCCCAUCACCUCCCCUUCCCUCAUCUCUCCCAUCACCUCCCCUCCCUCUCCUCCAUCCUCCCCAUCACCUACUCGCCCAUCACCUCCCCCUCACUCUCCAUCCUCUGCCCAUCACUCCCCCUCCCUCAUCUCUGCCCAUCACCUCCCCCUCCCUCAUCUCUGCCCAUCACCUCCCCCUCCCUCAUCUCUGCCCAUCACCUCCCUCCAUCAUCUCCUACCCCCUCCCUCAUCUCUGCCCAUCACCUCCCCCUCCUCCUCAUCUCUGCCCAUCACCUCCCCUCCCUAUUCUGCCCAUACCUCCCUCCUCCUCAUUCGCCAUCACCCCCUUCCCUCAUCUCUGACCAUCACCUCCCCCUUCCCUCUUCUGCCAUCACCUCCCCCUCCCUCAUCUCUGCCCAUCACCUCCCCCUCCCUCAUCUCUGCCCAUCACCCCUCCCCCUCCCCUCUCCCUCUCUUUCCCAUCACCCCUCCCCAUCCCCCCCCCUCUUUCUUUCUUCCCAUCACCUCCCCUCCCCCUCCCUCUUUCGCCAUCACCUCCCCUCCCCCCCCCUCUUUCUGCAAUCACCUCCCCCUCCCACCCCUCCCUCUUUCUGCCCAUCACCUCCCCUCCCCCUCCCUCUUUCUGCCCAUCACCUCCCCUCCCACCCCUCCCUCUUAACUGCCCAUCACCUCCCCUCCCCCUCCCUCUUUCUGCCCAUCACCUCCCCUCCCCACCCGCCCCUUAUCUCUUCCACCCAGCUGCCAGUGAGAUAGAUUGGAGUAGCUCAUUUGGCACUGUCUCUACCAUCUCACUCUUGUCACGCCCCCCUCUGCCCCACCUGCCGCCCACUCCCGACUCAACACCGGCCCCGAGGGCACCACUCACCCGGCACGACCCUCCCCCUAUGCCUACCAAGUGCCAGCCUUUGUCCGUUCCCACCCACCUGCACUGCCAAAAAUCUUCCAGCCGGCCGCUGGCUCAGGUACUGGCAGACAGACUGACUGACUCACGGUCUUAUUCACUGAUAUUGAAUCAUAGACUACACCUAUUGUAAUAAGUAAAAAGUCAAGUAACAGCUUUUAUUCAAGGAUAUCACAGAGGGAUACCCACAAGUUUGUUUCUGUGCAUAACUUUAGCUAGGACAUCAGGUAGAAUAUUUAUUUGACAUUUGAUAAGUUAUUGAAGGUGAUUGCUUUAAAGAGAAGAGAGAGUUAUGAGCAAUUGAGAGAGGCAUUUGUUGUUUGGGAAUUCUGACUCAUGGGAAGACAUUAAAGGGGCCUCAGACUUGUUAUACAAUGCAUCUUUCUAUGGUCUGAGGCACCCCCUGCUGUUUAAAACAGUUUAGCCAUGGCAAGAUUGAGAAAAACAUGUCGACAGAUUCCUGGAGGAAUGAACUGAAUGUCCUGAAUGUGCUGAAUUACCUUGAGACAUACACAGGUCUGGAAUAAUUAUUUUCUCCACUGACCGAAAUGCUAGCCGUUGAACGUUUAUUGCCGAGGUUGCCAAGGGCAAUUGCCUCAUUUCCAUAGCAACUGCCCUAGCUCGCAGUGAAUUUGUUCAUCAAAGCGGUGACAUAUUUUAUGGUUUCUGGCAUUGGUCCAUUCACUUUCUGUCAUGACUGUUGCUAGGGAAGUGAGGUCGCAGUUAAUAGGGCUGUUCAGGGAGAUUCUUGGACACACUAGAGGAAUGCUACUUUGCUGGAUUUGUAUGUGGAGUAAUUUAGUUGUCCAGUACUUUACUUUCUUUACACUAGUUUUAAGAGAAAGCAUGUCCUAUUAUUUUUUUUUUUUUUAGUAUUUUUUAUUUAUUUUAUUUUUACAUUUAGCCAAGCUUAAUGACAAUGUAUUUUCUCUGUGCUGGUCGGAGUACUUUUAACUCCAUUAAGAGUAACCAGUGACGGGGAGUUAAAUCUAUGACGUUAUCCACAGAUGUGGGAGGGGCAUCAUUGUCAUAGUCCCCAGCAUGCUCUGUUGCAGGUUUGUUUCAAUAUCUGUGUUUUCGCAUGUACAUUGAUUGUUUUUUAUCUUGAGCUACACAAAGAUAAGAAACGUACAUUUUCUAAACUAAUCCAAUCUGUAAGUGGAUGGAUUUAUAGCAACCGUUAGUGAGAUAGCUGUCUUCAUGUAGUGGAUUCUCUAACCUACUCUGACAGGCAUUUUAAAUGCAAGUUGUGAGUGAUGAAAAAAUGCUGGAUAUCUUCCUGCAAGUUGGCGUCCAACAGAGAUUGGAUAUCACAUUGCAAACCACCCUUAUAACACAAAGGAAAUCAACUGAAAGAUGAAUGUACUUUGCUGUAGUUGAUUUUUAAUUGAAAACAACACAGAAAAGUGUAAAAUGGCAAGGGAGUUGAUUAAAAAACGACAGUGAAAACAGUAAAAUGGCAAUUGGAGUUAAAUUUAAGAAACUCUCUGAGAGUUGGAUAUUUACUCCAUUUAGUGUCGUUGUAACUCCAAAAAUAUCAACACCAUGACCAGAGUACUUUUAACACAAAAUAGGGGUGGGACCAUAUAAACCCUAAAAUAGUGUUACAUUUGACUCCCUAGAAGUUGAAUUAACUCUUGCAAUUUAACUGUGUACUAUCUCCUCUACCGUUUUCUCUCAGUGGCCCGGAGGCCCCGCGGCAUCCAGAGUGAUGCAACAUCACGGCUCUGGACCCUGACAGUCUUUCUGAGGGCCACGUGGCUCCUGGUCUCUUCACCCUUCUCUCCAUUAAGACCCCUCUCAGCCUCCAUCACUGGGCCUUCCUCCACCUCCCCGCUCUCCUCUUCCCCCCUCCGUCCUUCCACCUCCCUCUUUCUCUGAUAUUCCACAGACAGGUACUGCAUGGACAGAAAUUGAUGGGAUAGUUUCAAGGCAUUUGUCCGUAAUUGUAAUUUACUGCGCGGAUGCGAUUUGUCGUUGAUUCUGUCUGUAGUAGCCGUUCAUCACCAUCCUCUUUUCUUUCUUUUCUCUACGCCCCACAUUCUUCUUUCCAUCCCCCUCUUCUCCUCCUCUACCACUUUCGGCACCUUCCCUCCUGCUUUCCAGCUCCUCCCUGUCCCCUGUCAGCCCAAAGCUUACAUCACCUCCCUGGCAGAGCCAGGCCCCGCCCUCACUAGGCCUACCAGCCUGCCCUCGGCCCCUGCGACAGGUACAAUACAGACCCACGGCAAAGGACAUUAAUCAACAUAUACCAUCAGGGAAGCCAAUUACAUAUUUGUAUGUAGUUGAAUCUCAGAAUCUUUAUACACUUUUUAGAGUGCUCAGAAAAUAUGAAUGUUAGGGUGGUCUUAACGUUACAAUUCCACAGUAAUAAUGCUUCAUACUCUCAGUGUGGGACUUACUGGUCUUUAAUCCAUCUAGGUCAUUUUAUUCAACAGAAAACAUGUUUAGUCGAAUCUUGGAAAUGUACUGCACUGUUUUAGACUGAUACAGGCACUGUAUGAAUGAUUUUCUGGACAGUGUCAGAUUUUCUUUAUUAAUGAUUACAGUCAAUCCAACAAUGAAACUAAAUGUAGCCUAUGUUAUGUGCAAUAGGUUUUCCCACAUCAAUACUUCUAUGUUGCUACUGUUUAUCAGACAACGUAGUGAAUAUUCUGUUGAUUGUCUCUUUCUCUUUCUCUCUCUUUAUUCCAAUCUUAAUACAUUUUCUACUCUAAUAUCUAUUCUAACCACCCAUAUACCAUCCCUCUAUUUCUCCCUUCCCUCUCUUCUGUCCCUCUUUCUCUCUUACUUUCCCUCCCUCCGUUCUACCCCUUCUCAUCCCCCCCUCACAGUUCCCUGGCAGAGUGAAUGGAGGCUGCACAAAACCUAGGCCCCUGUGGCCCAGCUGGCCAUCUCCCCCAAAUUUCUGCACCUGAGCCAGUAGAGCAGACAAAGCAGAGCAUGGAGACAUGCUAAUCCUGCUUUCUCUCCCUCCAUGUCCUCCCCCCUUGAUGUGUCCCCUUCUCCCAUGUCACAGUCUCCUCUCCUCUCCUCUCCUCUCCUCUCCUCUCCUCUCCUCUCCUCUCCUCUCCUCUCCUCUCCUCUCCUCUCCUCUCCUCUCCUCUCCUCUCCUCUCCUCUCCUCUCCUCUCCUCUCCUCUCCUCUCCUCUCCUCUCCUCUCCUCUCCUCUCCUCUGUCUACCCCUGUGUCAGCCUCAUCUCCUGUUUUCUCCACUCUCCCCAACACUGAUUCUGCAUCUGACCCAAUGGAAGCACCUUACUGCACUCUUGUGUCCUCACCUCCCCCUCCUCUCGUAACCUCCUCUGGCUCUGAUGCUCCUGUCCUCACCUCUGAUUCUGUACCUGCCAUCGUCUCUGAUUGUCCCCCAUCCACUCCCAUUGAUGCUAAACAUGCUCCUGCAUCCAUGCCUCCCAUUAACUCUGAUAACCCAGCCGUUGCCCCAACCUCCACCCCUGACACUUCCCAUUCUCUAUCCCUGGUCUUUCCCCUGAUCCCACUGCUCCCACCCCUGGUCUUCCUACUGCUUCUGACCCUACCGCUGCCCCAUGUUGUGAUCCCACCCCUGGUCUUCCCUACUUUCCUACUGGCUUCUGACCCUACCGCUGCCCCAUGUUGUGAUCCCACCCCUGGUCUUCCUACUGCUUCUGACCCUACCGCUGCCCCAUGUUGUGAUCCCACCCCUGGUCUUCCUACUGCUUCUGACCCUACCGCUGCCCCAUGUUGUGAUCCCACUCCUGGGUCUCCUACUGCUUCUGACCCUACCGCUGCCCCAUGUUGUGAUCCCACUCCUGGUCCCUCACCUGAUGCUAUUGGCGCUUCUCCGUGUGCUGCAGAUCCUGCUUCUGCCACUGUUCCCCAGUCAGGUACAGAUCUCAAAGAGAGACUCAGCCCCAAGCAUUGACAUUGGACAAAUGCUUGUCUGACCAGUCUACAAAAUUAUACUUUGAUCGCAACUGGUUGAUAUGUUUAUGAAUCAAAGUCUUUCCUCCACUCCCUCUUUCCUCCACUCCCUCUUUCCUCCUCUCCCUCUUUCCUCCCUUCUCCUUUUCCUUUCCUUCCUUGUCUUCCCUGUGUCCUACUUUCCCCCCCCCCCCACCCUCUCCCUCUCACCACCUAUCCUGUUCCUACUCCUGGACUCUCUCCUGGCCACCCCUCCAAGACUCAAGUCCCCACAUACCCCCCUCCCAGUACCAGUCACUACUCCCCUGUCUGUCCAAGAGACAGGUAUACAACCUGAGGCAACAAACAGAGAAGGCAUUCACUGCAAAGUCCUUAUGUUUAAUAAUGGGGAUGAAUUAAUGAAUGAAUGAAUGAUAUGAUAGAAUGAAUGAAUGAAUGUCAGAAUGCUAUGAUGAUAACAUGUAUUCCCUUCUCAAUCUUCACAUGAGAACACCUGGCACCUGGCUAGUUGUUUUGGUUGUAACAGUCUCUUGCAAAUUGUCGUUGAAUGUAAGAAUUGUAUGUUAGCAUUAUAUGUGGUUCCAUCAUUCAUUGUUGAUUAUUGGUCGCUUCACAGGUGUCAAGCCGGGUACCAAGCCAACUCUCGUUCAGAUAAUCAUGUCUAACCAGGUCCUGUCUGUUCCCUUCUAGAGUUUCAGAAGCAGUUGAGCACACUGACAGAGGAGGAAUACACCACUGCCACAACUACCAGUGAGUAGGACCUAAUGCAACCACAAUGCCUUUUAGGAACAUCCCUAAAUCUAAACAACAGGGCUAAAUCCUAACUUGAGAUCUGUGUGCUUAACUUUGCUCAAAACUUCAAAUGUAUAGGGCACAGCUCUUCAAGUCAGAAUUUGGCCCACAGUCAAUACAGUUUUAAACAAGCUAUGAUAGGCCUCCCGAGUGGCGCAGCGGUCUAAGGCACUGCAUCGUAGUGCUUGAGGCGUCACUACAAACCCGGGUUUGAUCCCAGGCUGUGUCAAAGCCGGCCGUGACAGGGAGACCCAUGAGGCGGUGCACAAUUGGCCCAGCGUCGUCCGGGUUAGAGGAGGGUUUGGCCGGCCGGGAUUUCCUUGUCCCAUUGCGCUCUAGCGAUUCCUUGUGGUGGGCCGGGCGCCUGAAAGCUGACUUCGGUCACCAGCUGGACAGUGUUUCCUCCAACACAUUGGUGUGGCUGGCUUCCGGGUUAAGCGAGCAGUGUGCCAAGACUCAGUGCGGCUUGGCAGGGUCGUGUUUCGGAGGGCGCAUAGCUCUCGACCUUUGCCUCUCCCGAGUUGUAGGGGAGUUGCAGCGAUGGGACGACUGUAACUACCAAUUGGAUAUCACGAAGAAAAAAAAAAGGCUAUGAUGUUGCUGGCAAUGGAGAGGGGUAUGAGACACUGGAGUAAUAAUUAGCAAUAUGAAUAUGAAAUAUAUGAAGCAUAGAUCAACAUAGAUCCCCAUUUAUUUACUCAUCUCCUAUAGCUUGUUUUUGCCAGUUGACUGCCACAUCUGUACUGAAAUACAUCAGCAUAAUCAUAAGCUAGAAAGAUGUGAAUGGUAUUAAGCUAGCUAGCCAACUAGUUAAACAUACCAAAAACUAUCUAAAACAGAAAACAAAAUGUAAAUGGUAUAUAGCUAGCUAACAACCUACGUGGCUAGCUAAUUUAGCCAGUUUGUCAUUGUUUUCCAAAAUAUUUUAGAAUGGCAGACUGAUCACAUGACCAAUAUCUGCUCUCUGAUUGGAGGAUUUCUAAAAGUUGACCUCAAGUUGCUCAUUUUCAAUGGAAAAAUGUUGCAGCAACCAUUGCUGGCAACAUUGCUCUGCAAUAUUGGCUAACAAAAUUGCUAGUGUAUCAUCAGGGUUGACUUCAGCUUCAUGAUGUCCUCCUCUGUUAUCCCCUCUAGGCCGCACUGCUGGAAUGAUCAGUAUUGCCAAUCAGAGGCCAGACCCAUCAACAUCCACACUUGACCCAUUGGCUAAGCCCUUUGGGACAACAGUCCAUGAGAGAAGGCGGGGGGCAUUCUCAAUGUUUGGAGUGGAGGUUGUCCAGGCAAUGGCAGGGUGAGUAAAUUCAAAGGUUAUACAGAUAUAGACGGGUUGGUUGUUUAGCAGCAAAACCGAAGCGUGUGCAAAUAUGGGGCAAAACAGACUGGGUGGGCUUAGAAUGUUGACAGCAUGUAAACUAUAUUUAGUCUCCAAUGUUUAUUGAAAACAUAAAUACAUUUGCACAAUAAGCACUUGUUGUCUCUCAAAUACAUAAUUACAGUUGUUGGUUAGCUAGCUAGCAAAUUUGAGCCAUAUUAGCAUUGACAUGAAAUCAGUCAAAACACCUCAAAACAAGACAUGGUAUCAAGAACAUGAUGAAACUAGCUGAAACGAGCCACUUACGAUUCCCCACAUGGCAGUUUCUUGUCAUAGUUGCUAGCUAUCUGGCCAUCCAGAAUCACAACAACUCAUGGACAUCUGCCCCAUUGAAGUGUGCACAUUGUUUUCGUGAUGUUGUCAGCUAACCCAUCUAUUAGUGGUGGUGAUCAUUAUUUAUGCUUGGAAUGACUGGAUCGGUUUUAGCCUUUGCAUGAUGGAGUUUGUAAGACAACGAUGUAAGAUGACACAGUAAAGGCCACUGGAAAAAAAUACAAAAAAGUGUGGUAAUUUGUCCUUAUUAAAAACUAUGACAAGUGAAUUUCACAUUCAUACUAACUUGAAGUAGGCCUAAAACAUUUGUGGUACAAUAUAUCCAGGGCAUUAGAGACGUGUCUUAUUAGUUAUAAUGGUGACAUAGAUAUACUGGCAUGGAUAACUGUCUGAAGGAGUUUGUCCUAAAUUGUUGGCAGGUUUCAUAAAAGUUGUGAUUAUAACCACUUGUUCGCUUUGGCACUUCAAAGAUAGAACUACAUAUUUUGACACACUCCGGAUACAUGGUCACUGUAGCAACGUAUUAAUCUGAAAUCUUGUGAUUCAUUGGAAACUACUGGAAACCAAAAUGAUUGUAUCAGUUUCCAGUAGGCAGAUUGACAGUGUGUCAACUUUCCUCAGGCUGAAAUACUGUUGCAAGACAUAGCGAGAUCACUGCUCGUCUUGACCCAGGGAUAGUCUUACAUGAUCGACUUCUUUUGACUGAACGCUUGCUGAUUGGCUACUUUGUGUGCAAUCUAUUAGUAUGCUACCUCAAGCAGUAUGCCAAAUAAUGCAUGUAAGAUCCUUAGCAAAGCUCUUCUUACAGUAGCACCACUUAGAAUGGUUUCUGACCGUGCUUGAGAUGGGCAACCUUGCCUGUUUUUGUCUGCAUUGUUGCUAUGGAGAUACAAUCUCCCCCCCCCCCUCCCUUGAACUCUGACCUUGAUUUGUUUGUCCCUCAGAUCUGAGAGCAUGACCCCUCUCCUACCCUUUAGCCCCAGAGCAUCCUCUGUUCCGGGGCGCCAAUAUUUUUGAGAUGCCAUAACUCCAAAAAGCAAAGAGUCAGGCAGAGUCACUUGAUCAAGAUGUCCAUGCAGAUAGGGACGCCGUUAGCCAAAACCAGAGCC